AGCAGACACGAUGGUUCCGCAGACUAGUUUCCUUGGAAAUCUCUCCGACCAGGUCAUACGGCCUGCUUACAGUGUGGACGUAAAGAUGCUCGGAUGGGACGUGUCUGUGAACGAACUGGGCGAAAUUCCGGAGCACUGGCUGCAAUACCCAGUCGUGGACAGUUAUCUCCACCUGAUGCUGGCCAUCGUUUACUGCUUCCUGAUGUUCUCUUCGCUUUUUGGCAACGGAAUGGUCAUUUACAUUUUUUUAACGUGCAAAGGUCUUCAAUCCGCUUCGAACUUUUUUGUCGUUAACCUGGCAAUCGCCGAUUUUAUUAUGAUGCUCAAGGCGCCGAUUUUCAUCUACAACUCUAUCUUUGGCGGAUACGCUCUGGGAUUUUUAUUCUGCCAGAUUUUUGCCACUAUGGGAUCAUACUCCGGCAUCGUGCAAGCCACCACUAAUUUGUGCAUCGCUUUCGACCGCUGCAGGAACAUUAAGUCCCCGCUGGAUGGUCAAUUAAGCAAAGUCAAGGCUAUCAUCAUGGUGCUGAUGACUUGGGCCUACGCUACCCCCUGGACCUUGAUGCCCCUCCUCCAGGUCUGGGGCAGAUUUGUUCCUGAGGGAUACUUGACGAGCUGCACUUUCGACUACUUGACGACCACCACGGAGAACAAAAUGUUCGUGCUGACGAUUUUCAUCUUUGCCUACGUCAUUCCGAUGAGCCUCAUCAUUUUCUUCUACUCCCAAAUCGUCACGCAGGUUUUCAACCACGAAAAGGCCCUCAAGGCGCAGGCCAAGAAGAUGAACGUCGAAUCUCUAAGGAGCGGAGACCAGGCUUCCGUCUCGGCCGAGGUGCGCAUCGCCAAAACCGCAAUCGGAAUCUGCAGUCUGUUCGUGGCUUCCUGGACGCCCUACGCAAUCAUCGCCUUGAUGGGAACUUUCGGAAAUCAGGACCUGCUGACGCCGACCGUGUCCAUGGUGCCCGCCGUCUGCUGCAAACUGGUCGCCUGCUUCGACCCCUACGUCUACGCCAUCAGCCACCCGAGAUUCAGGCUGGAAUUGCAGAAGAUCUGCGCCUGCCUCAACAUCAAGGAAGAAGCUCCUCCCGCGAAGGACGCCGAGUCUGCUGCAACAACCGCUCAGGCGACGUAAACAAGUGGUCAACAUUAAAUUACGGCUGCCCCAAAUGAACUCGGACAAUGCUAAGAAAUAUAUUU